AUGAAGGGGGAAAAUCUACGAACUUUAAGUGAUACUAGUCUGCGUGAAGGAAUGAGUCAACAUCCUCUAAAAGGUGAAAUAAGUGAACCAGACUUCAGUGAUGUGGAAAUCAGAACUGUUCCAGUUGAUGCAAUAAGUGAACCUGGUUCAACGGAUGAGCUGAGUAAGCCUGCAUUAGACGAUGGUAGAUGUGUAGAUUUUCAAGCUAACGAAAAAAAUGAAGCUUUUCAAAAAGACGAACAAAGGAAAAUUUCUCAAGAUGAGGAGAAAAGUCAUAAUUCCCUAGAUCACGAAGAAUGUGCAAUUGCUUUAGAUGAGAGAAAAAAUAAACUUAUUCAACGUGAUGAAAAAGGUAAACCUGCUCUAAGACAUGAGAGUAGCGAAAUUGCUUUAAGAAAUAAAAUAAGCAAAUCUAUUCAAAUUGAGGACACAAGUGACUGUGUUCUAAGUGAUGAUACAGAUGAACCUACUCGAAUAGAUGAAAAAAGUGAAUCUAAUGUAGCUAAUGGGAUAAGAAAGUCUGUUGACCAAACUGAAAAGAGUGAAACUUUUCUAGAUUACCAGGAAAGUAAAUUUACUUUAAAUAAGAAUGGAAAUAAAAAUUAUUCAGUAGAUAAAACAAGUAAACUUGCUGCAGUAGUUGAAAAAAAGGAAUUGCCUAGUGCUGACGGAAACAUUGUAACUGCUUGCGACAGAAACGAAUUUGUUCCAGAUCAGGCAAAAAGUCGAAAAAUUAUAACUGAUGAAAAAAGUGAUCCUCUUCUGAGUGAUGGAAGAGAAGAACCUGCUUUAAGUAAUAAGAAGAGUGAACAAGCUUUAAGUGAUGAAGUAAGUAAGCUUGCUCAAACUGAUGAAAAAAGUAGCUAUGAUUUUUAUGAUGAGCCUACUGAUAUAAAGAAAAACGAUGUAACUUUUGAAAGUCACACAAAAAUUGAAACUGCUUGCGAAAAAGAUAAAUUUGCUCCGAAGAAGAUAGAAAGUGAUGUGAUUGCAUCUGAUAAGAAAAUUGAACCUGUUCUAAGUGAAAAAAGAAAUGAAUCUGCUGUGAAUGAUAAAAAGGGCAGAUUUGAAUUAAGUGAUGAAAUAAAUAAAUCCUCUUUGAGCGAUGGAAGAAGAGAAACUAGUCUAAUUAGUGAAAAUAAAGUAAAAAAAGCAACAAAUGAAGAUCCAGUGGAACUUGAUUGUGAGCAAUCAAUCGAAAUAAAUACUUCAGAAGAAAGUGAAAAACCUGUUACUCCUAUCGAAGAAUUAAAGGAUGCUGAAACAGGAACAGAUGAAAAUGAAGAAAAUAAGGAUGAGAAAGAAGAUAUAAGAAAAUUUGCUGAGCGAACAAAGUGGCGACAUGUGCCAGGCCUCGAGAAUAUUUCGAACUUGUCUUCAAGAGGUUACUCAGUGAAGAAACUGAAAGUAUUCCCUUGGUGGGAGGGUCCUCAUUGGCCGAAGUUGCAUCGUGAAGAAUGGCCUCAUUGUAACUUAUUUGAUGACACAAGCUUUGGAAAGAGGAAAAGUUCACUCGCUAGAAAGUGA